AUGUCCAUCUUGCGGCUCCUUGCCAACUCUUCACCCACACACCCUUAUCUUGUGGCUUCAAACAAGAACUGGGGGUCACACACUUGCAGCUUCAUCACGCAGCGGUUGAGCAUAUCCCCAGGAGUACUACAGUCGCCUAUAAGAGACUACGACGAAUCAUUGCCAGAGCUGGGUCCCAGCCCGAGCCCCGGUCCCCUUGCUGAUGUCCCGGACACCACACAGUCAUCACGUCGGAAUCUCUGCUCCGACAGUGACGCUCCCGAGAACUUCAUGUGGCCACGAUUUCUAUCCAGACUUAGAAACGCAUUCUAUCUCGAGCCAAAUUCGUCACCCGCCGAGAGAGAAAUUGCUAGACUUGAAGCUCGCUCGUCGCGAGCCACUGCCUCUCACCAGUCUGCGGAAGCAAUCCGCUUGCAGGCGGCCACUGAAAGCCUCCCACCCAGAUCUGUAGCCAUCUUUCUGAGCAAGCUCUGUAUUCAACAUGGAACCGACUGCUUCUUCUACUUUGAUCAACCAUCUUUCUUGGCUGAGGUGGAGGAGUUUUACAACGACUUGAGCUCACCUCUUCGUCGGGAUCCCAGCUUCCUAUGUCUUUUGCUGUCAGUUCUUGCCCUGGGAGCUCACUGGAGUCCGCGAGCCCGACCAUCCGCUCUGUCUGGGUCUCUUCAAAUUCCUGCGGAAGACCCUGGACAGGUAUUUUGCGGUCAUGCCCGGAUCUUGAUGGCAGACACCAUGGAUAGAGUGAGUAUGUACUCUGUCAAAGCGGCGUUCGUCCUUGGGAUAUACCUUAUGCCGUCGAGUGCGGUAGGGGCCUCAUACCUGUAUAUGGGUCUUGCCUUGAGGAAAGCCAUCGCUCUUGGACUGCAUCAUGAAUCAGAAGAGCCGGACACCGACAGCCAUGAGAGGGAAAUGGGACGAAGGUUAUGGUGGGCUAUAUUUUCUCUCGAAAGAUCGAUAUCUCAGGAUGUCAUGACAGCUCAUCUGCCUCAGCGCCGAGCAACUGAUGCCCUGCAAAGCUUCGAUAACUUGGAUCACCAAGUAGCCAACGCGCAAUUUGUCAAAAUCAUUGACACUCUCAUUGAGCCGGCAUCAUGUGGCAUCGCGGCAAAGAAGAUGUUGAACAUACUCGAAGACGCUAGUCAAUCUGGAAACAUGGCCCCAAGAUCCUUUACGGACUUUCAGGGUUGCAGUAUCGCCACAAUCAUCGUGAUCCUUACCGGCAUUCUGGAGCGAGACUCGGCCUACGAUGCCCGAGUCGCCUUCGGUCUGCGCUGUCUCAGAAGGAUGGCUGACUUGCACAUGGCUGGUCGAAUGGCAGUACGAUUUGUAGAGGCACUCAUCUCCAUCGCCGAGGAGGCACGGGCCAAGGCCAAGCCGUUCGGUUCGACACAAUUCGAUGGGGAUGUCAACCAAGAGGCUUCUGAGUACCUUCUCUGGACAGACUGGCUGAACAGGAACACAGACACAUCUGGAACUGAAAGAAAUCGAUCCAAUGCAACCAGACAACGGUCGCGUGCUUAUUCAGAAGCUGCAAAAGCUGCUUCUGGCGCAUCGCCAAUGUGGGAGGAAGCUGCUGCAUUGCUCCAGCUUCGAAACCCAUCUACACCCAACCAAGCACUCGUGGUUGAAGAUGUUGCACUGCCAACGUCUGCGCCUGAGUUACCAGAAGAGGCACCGUUCGAUCUAGGUCUGGAUGCUGACUUCCCUCCGGCCACUUUUGCCGAGAAUCACAUGCAACUGAUGGGUCUCACUGGUAUGGACAUGUUGGAUUUUACAUUUGACAUCUAG